UCUCUGCAGAGAGUCACAGACCCAGACACGCACAGAAGGAUGCAAGUCAAACUCAUUAGUCCUUUUCCUCUCCUAAAUUUGUAUUAAAGAGCUUAAUCACAUAAACAAAUCCUGAUCUGCCUUAAACUCCAGAUAAAAGUUAAACAAUGGUCCAUAAUUGUCUUUGUUCUCUUCGUUUGUUGUGUUUACCUGUCUUCGAUGAGGCUCCUUCUCUGCAAUGAUUUCUUCUAUUCCACUUUGUCAUCUUGUUAAUUGUUAUUUAUUUAUUUAUUUACUCUAGAGGACCAAGUAAAAGGGUUUCAAAUUGCACAUGAUCUUCUUGUAUAUUUGGCAAGCUCAAAGUCACAAGUUAAACCACUCAAAACACUUUGCAAACCCAUUCACAUCUUAACAAAUUCAUUCACAUCUUACUUCUAAGCAUAUUCAUUCACAUCUUUGCUCUGCCCCAUAUCAUCAUCUGAGAAAUAUGAGCAGUGAAAAUCAUCACCAUUCCCAUCAUUACUUUUACCAUCAGAACCUGCAUAUCCAUCACAGAAGCACAUUCCUGCCAAUGCUAUGUUCAAGGCCAUCCAUCAAAGAUGUGAGUCUUCCACAGUGGAGAGAGCAACUAGGAUCCUUCUCCAAUGACCCUUUGUCCCCAAGAAUUGGUUGCAUGGGCCAGGUGAAGAGGCACAACAAAAUAGUUGGACUCCUCACCACCAAAAGUAACACCACCAGCAUCUCCAUUUCCCCUAGUGUUAAGUAUUCCAAGCUCAAAAAACUCUUCUCUGGCAAAAACUUAGGCACCAGCAUCAUCAAUGCUACUGCUCCUACUGCCACCAGCUGUGGAAGUAGGCCGCGAGGGACGGUGAAUAGCGUAAAUGUGCCCAGGAACCACAGGCACAGGAGUAGUAAGAAUGAGAAUGUUGUUCCCAUAAGCGUUGAAAAUAUGGAUCCUCCUCUGCCUGUGAUCAAGAGAGUGCAGAAGCCUGAGGAAGAUAGACAACUGGAUAAUCUUUGGAAAAGAAGGUCAGGUGGGGCUGCAUUGAAAAGUUUGCAGCUUCAACAGAUCCACCAUUCAAGACAUCAUCCUCAGCUUACAAGUGUUUGAUGGGUGAUCAGAUAAGCCAGAUGCAAAAUUCUUCUUUUUUUCUUUCUUUCUCUUUGUCACUUGAAAAUUUCAUAUCAGAUAUGAUCUAAAUGGCAUGUUUUUAGUUUUCGUGCUGUUUGAUUUCCUGUAGUAUCUCACAAGGAGGUGGUGCAGAAUAUUUUAGUUAUAUGGUAUUCAAUAUAUCAGAGAAGAUUAUAGAUCCCAGGCUUGUAUGUAUUCCAAAAUUAACCCAAAGAACCUUCAAUUGAGGUUUCUUUGUAGAAGUGGCGAGUUUUGUGCUAAGAUAUUAGCAAAAUUGAUUUUGGUUUGUGAAGAUACAAAUUGUGAUCUGGAAAAUACCAUUAGUGGCAACACAUAUCAGCAACAUGAUGCAGACAAUUGAUCACAUUACAAGCAUCAGUGUCUCACAAAGGAAAGCCCUUGUUCAUUAAUGAAAUUAAUGAUUUAUUAUGCUGGAUAAAGUGGGAGGAUCACUCAAGACAUAAAAGAUUACAAGUCAACAUCAUUAUCCAGUGGUAAGAGCAAUAUUUAAUGUAAGAAAGGUCAACCAUGGAAACGGCAUGAGGCAACAAAAUGCUACUGAAUUGAAUUUCAGUCUUCAGGAAUAAAAAGCAAGUAAUCAACUAUGUCAAGGAAUUAGUUUCUCAAUGUUCAUUUCCGGAAGCAACUCAUCACAAUAUUGUUUGAAUGUCUCUAGUCCCAUGAUGGCAAUUUUAUUUCUUAAGAAUUUGUGUUGGACCUAAAUCAAUCCCACAAAACAUCUGUAUAGUGAGGACUGUCCAAGCCUUAUAAGCAUUGGUCAUAUAUCUAGUCAAUGUAAAUUCUCCACAUUGUUCAAAGAAACACGAAAUUCAUCAAUGAAAAUUGUAGACUUGUAUU